GAAAGUCGCGUUUCGUUCUCCCGUUGUUCGUUUUGUUGUGUUAUCACUCUGCCAGUGGGUCGUGUUUGGCGUUGUAAUUAAAUUUUGCUAAGUUUUCGCAAAAUUACGUGCUGUUGGGAAGACAAAUUACUUCAAAAUCUCUAGUACAUCAGAAUGGCUCUCCGCGCUCAGUUCGAAAAUAAUGACGAUAUCGGCGUGUUUAGCAAACUGACAAAUUCCUACUGCUUAGUGGCGAUAGGAGGAUCGGAAGCUUUCUACAGUGUCUUCGAGUCAGAACUUGCCGAGACGAUCCCGGUGGUGCACGCCAGUAUAGCCGGAUGUCGAAUCAUUGGUCGCCUGUCGGUGGCAAACAAGAACGGUCUCAUUGUUCCCGGUAGCACCACAGACGUCGAACUGCAGCACCUACGAAACUCACUUCCGGACACAGUCAAGAUUCAGCGCGUUGAAGAGCGCCUGUCGGCAUUGGGAAAUGUCAUCGCUUGUAACGACUACGUAGCCCUGGUCCAUCCAGAUAUCGACAGAGAAACCGAAGAGAUCGUGGGCGAUGUCCUGGGAGUGGAAGUGUACCGACAAACGCUGGCCAACAACGUGCUGGUGGGGGCUUACUCAGUGUUGAGCAAUCAGGGCGGAUUGGUCCACCCGAAGACACCUACCUCAGAGCUGGAUGAGUUGGCCUCGCUUCUGCAGAUUCCAUUGGUGGCCGGCACGGUUAACCGUGGCUCGGAAGUGCUCGCUGGUGGGGUGGUCGUCAACGAUUGGUGCGCUUUCUGCGGGAUGAGCACGACGUCAACCGAGCUGUCGGUGGUGGAAAGCGUCUUCAAGCUGAACGAAGCACAACCGGCCGGAGUGACGAACAAUUUACGAGCAUCUUUGAUCGAGGCAAUGUCGUAAGAAAAAAAACGAUUCACCAGGUGGGUAAAAUUAAACUUUAUUUGUUACUGAAACAGCCAGCAAGGAACGCAUAUAAUAUAACAAGGCAUAAAAUUUACUAGUUGUACAAUCAAUAUCAUACUCCGGUGGACGAUUCGUGGAAAUAUACGAAAUCCUUAUGUGAAUACUGGA